AAGCUCUUUUAAACCAAAGUUGUGGUCGAGAUCCAAUCUCAUUUCCUUCUUCACAACACUUCCAAAAAGGGAACAUCUCAUAAACCAUUCCAUAGAGAACACACUCUCACACACCGUUAUAUUAGUUCUCUCUAUAUUGCUCUCUAAGCUUAACUUUUCUCCUUCAUAUGCAAUUCAAGGCCAAAUUCCCUUUACCCCUUUUGUGAAUUAAUUAUUAUAUUUUUGUUUCAUGCACGUGAACUAACUAACUACAUAUAUAUAUAUAUAUAUAGCUAGCAUUGAUUUAGAAGCAAAAGGGUUCAUUUCGUUUGGCAUAACACAUCAUUGGAGUUUCCACUUUCGAGUAACAUAGAGUGUUAACUUGGGAUUGAUGCUCGCGGUGUCACCUUUGAGGAGCACCAAAGAUGAAAAGAACCAAGGAGCGAUGGAGGGUUUUUCGAUGGCAACAACAACAACGGAUGAUGUUGACUUUGGCGACCUUUCUGAAGGUAACUUGUUGGAGAGCAUCAACUUCGACGAUCUCUUCGUCGACAUCGAUGUUGACGGAGAUGUCUUGCCGGACCUGGAAAUGUUCGGCGAGUUCUCCGUCAGCGCCGGCGAAGAUUCGUCGGAGAUGAACUCUUCGGGGGAGAACAGCAAGGUGGAGAAUGAUGAGAGUAAUGUUAUAACUGCUUCCAAGAAAGAAGAGGAAGAUAAAAGUUCUUCAAACCGAGGAGAAGAGAUAGUGAGCAAGAGAGAUGAAUCCGUGGUGGUGGACCCGGCACCACCAAAGGAUGGUGGAAAGGGAAGAAAAUCUUCAUCAGCUCAAUCGAAGAAUAAUAGUAGUAAUAGUAAUCCUCAAGGGAAGAGAAAAGUCAAGGUGGAUUGGACCCCAGAAUUGCACAGACGAUUUGUGCAAGCAGUGGAACAGCUAGGAGUGGAUAAGGCAGUGCCUUCAAGGAUUUUGGAGAUUAUGGGAAUUGAUUGUCUCACUCGCCAUAACAUUGCUAGCCACCUUCAAAAAUAUAGAUCUCAUAGGAAACAUUUGCUGGCGCGUGAGGCAGAAGCAGCAAGCUGGAGUCAAAGGAGGCAAAUGUAUGGAGUAGGGAAGAGAGAGGGGAGUGCAUGGGUGGCACCAACCAUGGGUUUCCCUCCUCAUCCAAUGCACCAUUUUAGACCCCUUCAUGUAUGGGGGCACCCUUCCAUGCACAUGUGGCCAAAACAUUUGCCACAUUCACCACCACCACCACCACUCUCAUGGCCACCACCACAUCAAGACCCUUCAUUUUGGCACCAACGGGCUCCAAACACAUUAAUCCCAGGAACAGCUUGUUUCCCACAACCUCUGACACCAACGAGAUUUGGGAGUCCUCCUGUCCCCGGCAUUCCACCCCAUGCCAUGUACAAACCAGUACCAGAUCACGCCAUUGCUGUCCCUCCUCCCAGGACCUUAUUCGACUUUCAUCCGUCAAAGGAGUGCAUAGAUGCAGCAAUUGGAGAUGUUUUAUCAAAACCAUGGCUGCCACUACCUCUUGGACUUAAGGCUCCAGCUCUUGAUAGUGUGAUGAAUGAAUUACAGAGACAAGGAAUUCCAAACAUUCCACCCUCUAGUGCUUGAAAGCAACCCUUCUUGCAUGGAAGAGACGUUCUUCUCUGAAGGCCACUUAACCUUAAUUCGACGACUUCUCAUCAUCCAUUAGAUGUUGCAUUGCAUAUAUGUUACAUCUAAGCUACUAUGUGAGUGAUUCAUGUCUUUUUUCUUUAAUUUGCUUUUAACAGCAAAAAGAAAAGAAGAAGAAAAACUCUUGAAGACUUUUUCUAGUUUUUCAUAUGUGCUAUAAUGCAUGCAUGAGUUAAUGGUUUUAAGUGAUCUUGGUCAUUAUAGUCAUUUUGUAUAUGCACUACGGUUGUAAAGGCAGUGAUUUUUGUAUUAAGAAGAGGAAAUCCUAAUAAAGUACUUUCAUCAAAUAUUUCUAUUUCGGA